AUGCGACAAGCUGCUCUCGCCCGCCUCAGGCCGCUGCAGCCAUUGAAGCCAUACGUCUGCAGAGACUGUGUCUCACGAUCGACGCGACGUACCGUCUCACGGUCUGUCGCAUCCAGAGACAAGGCUUCCUCCACAUCAUGGGAAUCGCAGGUUGAGAGGAUACGUACUGGCGAGAGAAAGAGCUUGUUGACUAUACUAGAAGAGCGUGGUUUUAUCAAGGACCUGGCUGGCGAUCGCAAUGCUCUCGACAAGUUGCUGACCGACAAACGUGUCGGUGUCUAUUCUGGCAUCGACCCAACUGCUCCUUCGCUUCACCUGGGCCAUCUUCUACCCAUGAUGGUCCUGUUCUGGAUGUACAUUCAUGGUCACAGAGCCGUAUCCAUCAUCGGAGGUGCAACUGCAAAGAUCGGUGACCCCACCGGACGUUUGAUCAGCCGGCAAGAGAUGGACAGAAACACGAGGACUUCAAAUCUGGUCUCGCUGCACAGCUGUGUACGCGCCAUGUGGAAGAGCGUAGACAGAUAUGCCGAGAGACACGGCUACAACAAAGACGAAGCUUGGUCCAAGAAAUGGGUGCUAUGCUGGGCAGAGAUACUGNUCAAGAACAAGAUGGCUCAAGGUGACGGAAUGUCCUAUGCUGAAUUCACCUAUCCCCUCCUGCAAGCCUAUGACUGGUGGCAUCUGUAUCAAUCUGGUGUUCAGGUGCAGAUCGGUGGUUCUGACCAGUAUGGCAACAUUGUCGCUGGUAUUGACCUAAUCAAACACUUGACCCCUAGACCCUCAACCUCGCCAGAGAUCAAGCAGCUAUCCGGUCCUUUUGGUCUCACUGUGCCGCUCUUGACCACAGCAGCUGGUGCCAAAUUCGGUAAAAGUGCUGGAAACGCAAUCUGGCUGGACAAGACCAUGACGAGCCCCUUUGAGCUGUACGGUUUUCUCGUCGGCUCUGCUGAUGCUGAUGUCGAACGCUACCUGAAACUCUUCACCUUCCNNCUUCCUCUGGACCACAUCUCCACCGUCAUGGCCGAACAUCAAGUCGAUCCUAGCCAACGCAAAGCUCAGCAUCUGCUUGCGCGUGAAGUCGUCGAGUUUGUCCAUGGUCCCCAAGAGGCUGAAAACACACAGAACCAGCACAAGUUCUCACGCCGACCAAAUUUGCAAAGUCUACAAGCGGAAGCGGAGAACAGCAAAGAAGGCCUCAACCGUCUCUAUCUACCUCACAGCCUAGUCCACAACAAGCCGCCGGCACGUAUCCUGUACUAUGCUGGCCUUGCCAAGAGCAACAGCGAUGGUACUCGCAUGGUCAAUUCCGGUGGCGCCUACAUUGGCAGUCAGUCUGACGAGAACGGCUCAGAUCCCAAUGGCGAGCUCAAGUUCCGUUCUUUGAAGGGCAUCACUGCUGCCAUGGUCGCCGAGAUGAUGGAGAAAAGCAACGUACUUGUUCUUCGAACAGGCAAGUGGAACGUCAAGCUCAUUGAAGUCAUCAGUGAUGUAGAGUAUGAGCAGAAGGGCCUCAGUGCUCCAGGUUGGGAGGAGAUCAGAGCGGCCAAAGACGAGACAUCGUCUUGA